GGGACAAGACGUAAGAGGAGGGAUAUGGUGUUCUCAUCAUGGCGGGAUGCAUGAAAAUGAUAAACGGUUCCCUCGCUACAGGCGCUAAAUUAAUGGUUUUCAUGGUGCUGUUUAUCUGCUUACCUCAAAGCUCACGCCAGGAUACGGGUAACAAACAUCCAGUACUUGAUCUGCGGGACGGGGAGGAGUAUGUCAAGUCAGGGUGCAACCGGUUCUGUUACAAAAACUCCAUAGUGCCAACCUGGAGGCAAACAUGGACAAGAAUUCAGGUCAAAGUGUGGAGUUCGAACGUGUUCAAGGUGGAAACUGUGGAAGGGGAGGAGGAGCUGCAGGAGCUGGAGCGAUUCAGUGUCUGGAGCUGGUUUCAGAGCUUGUUGCGUGAGCGGCACAAUGAAACCACUAUUAACAUCAGCCUGUUCAGCAAGAGGACAUGCUUCAAGAUCGAUCCUAGUGACAAAACUCAGUUCACUGUCAAGGCGCUUCGCAAGUUUGAUAUCUAUCUGUUUUUGGUUUUCCUCUCUGGAGUGUUGUUGUUUGUCUGUGCAGACUCACUCAGCAGGAGUCAAGUUUUCUUCUACUCUGCUGGUAUGAGCACAGGCAUAAUCGCCUCGCUCAUCAUCCUCUUCUUCAUUUUGGCACGCUUUUUGCCAAAGAAAAGCCCUUUUUAUUUAUUGAUUGUUGGCGGCUGGUCAUUCUCUGUGUACGCCAUCCAGCUCGUCUGCAGGAACCUCAACAUAAUUCUGCAAGAACACUGGCACAUGGCAUUGGGUUAUGUAGCGGUGGUGGGAUUCAUCAGUUUUGCUGUGUGUUACCGGUACGGCCCUCUGGUGGACGACAGGAGCAUUAACAUCUUGUCGUGGACACUGCAGCUGUUUGGCCUAUUCCUGAUUUACUUAGGAAUUCAAAUUCAGCAAGUUGCAUUCGCUAUCAUCGUGGCAGCUUUGUUCUCCAAAAAUCUGGAGUACCCAGUCUCUAUGUUAGUCGUUGCAUGGAGGAAUAUCAGACGGUAUGUUCGCUGGAAGCCUGAGCCACGUCGCCUGUUGACCGAGGAGGAGUAUCAGAAGGAGGGGGAGGAAGAGACUCGACGUGCGCUGGAAGAGCUGAGGAAGUACUGUAACAGCCCAGAGUUCAGCCCGUGGAAGGCAGUGUCUAGGAUUCAGUCCCCGAAAAGGUUUGCUGAUUUCAUUGAAGGGUCACCUCACUUGAUGCCAAAUGAGGUGUCUGUCCACGCGCAGGAAUAUGGUUUUGGGGGAUCGUUUUUUGAGGAUGAAUUUUUCGACACCGACGAUGAGGAAGAGGACAUGAAGCCUACGAUGAGACCGGAGUGAGAGAGCACGGUGCUGGAGAUGUAUAAAUAUAGAAACAAUUAUUAUUAUUGCCUCUCAGAAAGGUGGUCGGAGAACAGCUCUUGCUGGCUUCUGUGCAAACAACCAGACUGACUUCGAGUGAUGUACUGUGGAGGAUGGUUUAAUAAAACCCUGGAUUGUCACUUUA